UGCUUACAACGUCAUUUUGCUGAAAUGAAACUUAAGAGUAUUUCCACGUAACUGUACCAAAUCCCCAGUCACUGUUAUCCUUUUUCUCUGAUCCGAAGAGGAGAACGAACAGUCAACAACAUACUGCACACUGAGCUAUGGCUUCCUCCAACAGUCUCCUGUCUGAAGAGCAGUUCCAGUGCUCUAUCUGUCUAGAUGUGUUCACUGACCCAGUCUCCAUCCCGUGUGGACACAACUUCUGCAUGGCCUGUAUCGGAGUGUACUGGAAUGCUAAGGGGCUAUGCAAGUGUCCAAUGUGUAAAAAGGCUUUUGAACAGAGACCAGAUCUCAGUGUCAAUACCUUUAUUUCUGAAAUGGCCGCCCACGUCCGGAAGCUAGCUCCAGCUGACAGCACACUCAAACAGCACCCCGCCAAGCCUGGAGAAGUGGCCUGUGAUGUCUGCACUGGGAGGAAGUUCAUGGCCUUGAAGUCGUGCCUGGUUUGUCUGGCUUCUUACUGUGAGACUCACCUAGAGCCUCAUCAGAGAGUUGCUUCCUUCAAGAAACACAAGCUAAUUGACCCUGUGGAGAACCUGGAUGACAGGGUGUGUGAGAAGCACCAACGACCCCUGGAGUUGUUCUGUAGGAGCGACCAGACCUGUUUGUGUCAGUUCUGCACUGAGACAGGCCACAAGUUCCACAAGACUGUCCCCAUAGAGGAAGAGAGUGGAGUGAGGAAGAGUCUACUGUGGGAAACGAAGGGAAAAGUGCAGAGGAUGAUCAAGGACAGACUGCAGAAGGUGAAGCAGAUGGAACACUCAAUAGCACUCAGGAAGAGGGGUGCAGAGAGAGAGAUAGAAGAUAGCGUGCAUGUCUUCACUACUCUGGUGCGCGCUAUUGAGAAUAGCCAGGCUGAGUUCAUUGAGGAGAUUGAGGUGAAACAGAAAGCAGCAGAGAGGCUUGCUGAAGGGCUCAUCAAAGAGCUGGAGCAGGAAAUCACUGAACUACAAAGGAGACUCACUGAUCUGCAGAAGCUGUCAAACACAGAGGACCACCUCCACGUCCUCCAGAGCUCCCCAUCGCUUUGCACCCUCCCACGCACCAAGGACUGGUCUGAGAUCAGGGUUCACAGCGGUUUGUGGGUCGGGACCCUUAGGAGAGCUGUGUCUCAACUGGAGGAGACGCUUCAUGAAGAGAUUGAGAAGUUGUGUGAGACCGAGCUGGAGAGAAUGCAGCAGUCAGCUGUGGAUGUGACUCUGGACUCUGAUACGGCAAAUCCCAAACUCAUUUUGUCUGAGGAUGGGAAACAGGUGAAGCUAGGACACAGACAAAAGCUCUUCCUUGACAACCCAAAGAGGUUCGAUCCUGUACCCUGUGUACUAGGAAAUGAAGGCUUCACCUCUGGGAGAUUUUACUUUGAGGUGCAGGUGGAGGGGAAGACUAGGUGGGCUUUGGGAGUGGCCAGAGAGUCCAUCAACAGGAAGGGGAUUGUACGGCCCAGUCCUGUGAAUGGAUACUGGACUGUGGGGCUGAUGAAUGGGGAUGAGUACAUGGCUCACGCUGGGCCCAGUGUCCCUCUCUCUCUGUCAGAGGAGCCACAGAAGGUGGGGGUGUUUGUGGAUUAUGAGGAGGGGGAGGUCUCCUUUUAUGAUGUGGAGGCCGGGUCUCAUAUCUACUCUUUCACCGUCUGCACCUUCACUGAGAGACUCUACCCAUACCUCUUUACAGGCAUAAAUAAGGAUGAUAAAAACUCUGCCCCAUUGAUCAUUUGUCCGAUCAUGUCCGUCAAUCAGUAUGAGAUUUCAUCUCUCGAUGAUGCACCUUAGAUUUCAGCAAUUGAUUCAGUCAAGUGAUUGUUGAUACUUCUAUACAGCUUUUCGAAAAUGGUCACAGCAUUGGAAUGACACAGUGAGAAAGUUAGGUGUCUAAUCAGGCAAAAUCAUGUUUUUUUUAGCUUUUCAUUUAGAUUGAAUGGACAAAGUCCCCCUCAUACAAAAACAUAUAUUUUACAUCCACAAUCAUGUAGGAAUUCAUUAUUAUUUUGCCUAAUUUUCUCUGUGGCAUAUAUAAGUAACUGCCAAAAUAAAGGAAACGCCAACAUAGUGUCUUAAUAGGGCGUUGGGCCACCACGAGCCAGAACAGCUUCAAUGCACCUUGGCGUUGAUUCUACACGUGCCUGGAACUCAACUGGAGGGAUGUGACACCAUUCCAUCAUUUUGGGUUUUGUUGAUGGUGGUGGAAAAUGCUGUCUCAGGCGUCGCUCCAGAAUCUCCCGUAAGUGUUAAAUUGGGUUGAGAUCUGGUGACUGAGAUGGCCAUGUCAUAUGAUUUACAUUGUUUUCAUGCUCAUCAAACCAUUCAGUGACCACUUGUGCCCUGUGGAUGGGGGCAUAGGCAUGGCAGCCAAAAUAAUGGCCUGCCCAGCAUUUUUAAUCAUUUCCUUAAGCGUGAUGGGGAUGUUAAUUUGCUUAACUUGAGACUCAGAAAUGACGCUGCCACGAGCAUCACCGCAGAUAUUCAGAUGAGAGAGAUGCAAGACUUUGCUCUCACACAGUCACACACAGUAUCUGUGCAUGGGUUCACUUCACACUGUUCACAACGUAAUAGCCACGGGACUAAAACAGCAGAGAAGUUGAGCAUCACACUGCAACGCUCUUAGUUGUUGCAGAAAUGUACUCACUAUGCCGUUUACUUUGUGCAUCUACAUCAUAUCGCUGAGUCUACCUUUAAUUAGCUCAGGAACCACACCUGUGUAGAAGCACCUGCUUUCAAUAUGUUUCAUACCCCUUAUUUACUCAAGUAUAUUGGCAGUUACCUUGAUAUUAAUUUCCUUGAAAUGCGUAACAAUGAUAUGUGUAUAAUCAAUGGGCUACUGGAGAGGGAGUACUGCUCUGUAUAUUUUGGAGGGUACGUUUUGGGGUGAGGUGAAAGGUUUUGUUGGGCGUUUUUCUUAAAAUAGAAAAAAUAAAUGCCACAGUGCUUUAUGACAGUUUACACAGGUGCAUCAGUUGGACUCUUUUAAAUCUUCCAAAGUGUACAAAGUCUUUGGUUGGAGAAGCUCUGCAGCCUGCAGAGUAUUGAUGUUUGAAAUGAUGUUAACCGUAAUCACACAGUCCUUUAAUGUUGGAAUUUAGCAAAAAAAAGGUUUGAACGACAAAUCAAUGUCCUGUUAUCAAAUAAACAUUCAGCACGUA